AUGAAUGCUGUUCAUCAGCUUCGCUGCAAAUUUCACCCUGAUUUGGUUUUCAAUUACUGUGUGGAAAAUGGGUUGAUAGGGAAGACAAAGACAUGCACAUGCGGAGGGGAUAUGACUCUUCAAAAGUAUUGCCAAGCAAUUGAUGGCUAUGCAUUCAGAUGCAAUCAGUGUGAUUGCACAAAGUCUGUAAGGGUUG